AUGCUUGUUUACUCAUCAAGGUACUAUGGCGUCGGAAAGGAAGAAGGAUCAAGCGGUGUUGGAGAGGCCUUGCUAGAUCAGAUCAAGAAGAUGAUGGCGGAGAGUUUGAUCGGAGAGAACAGAUCAAACAAGGCAAAAGGAAGGAGACUAGGAAUCCGAUACAUAUCUCCGAUGGAGACAAGAGGAACGAUCCCAUGGCAUCUCAUGGUCUCGGUGACGAUCAGGCCCAUGUCUACUACGGUAGCGGUCAUUCCUCUCACUCAAGCCGGCGCCGAGCUAGAAGGCAGCGAGAAGAGCCCAACCGUAUGGUUGAAAACUUGGGCGGCUACAAAAUGA